AUGCGGAAGGGUCGGUUCUAUGUUAGCAAGAAACGUGGCCCUCGCUCGUCGAUGUCAUCGCCGUCUUUGCAGCUGCUGAUGGCUGAUGGAAUCGAUAGCUCAGCGAAGCCAAUGCGACUGUUUAGCGCGCAAAGCACGCCCGGACCUUGCCGUCAAUUGUUCAUCCCAUCCAACGCCGGGUUUAUCGACGGCACGGAUGUCGAGCAGCGGGAACAGCGAUGA